AUGGCGAUGCCCUACCCAGAAGGCGAGGUCUACUUUCAGCGUUCCACACUCAAGUGCACCGACUCCAAUCCGGAGAACAUGAUUGAAAUCGCAUCCCACGUCCUCGUCGAGUACAUUUACAAUCGCCCCCAUGAGGGCACCGGCGGUCCGCGCGCCCGCACCAUUUACGCGGACUACAAGACCACACAACACGGCCACCCCAAUAAAAUCAUACUUAUGUUCAAAGAGAACGCGGACGACGAGAAACCCCGCAGGAUCCUGAGGGUCGACCCGUGUCCGGACGGCGAGGCAUACGAGCAGGGCAGAGGUGGUGUGGACAGAGUCCUCAUCCGGCCCAUCUCCGUCACCCCACGUGACGGGUACAUGUUUAUGGACCUGGAGGUGCCUCUGCGCGCCGUGUACCUUCCCCUGGCGCCGCGCGUCGACUCCAGGUACCCGGACCUGCGCACGUACCUUAUGGUCACCUUUCGGUUCCGCAAGGGCGCGCACAUACUCAGGGACAGGUGUGGGAUGUACACGGUAGGGAAACUGGCAGACACUUCUUCCGGCUCUACGACGGUGGAGCAAUCGGUCGCCCCAGUCCCGCUCCCUGGAGUAGAAGAAGUGGCUUCCGAGUCGACCAUGGCCGGCUCUGUGGCAGAGGAGCUCCCCCUUGCGGCCCCCGUGACAACAAUCCCAUCAGGCCCUGGCGGCUCAGGGUAUGUCAAUAAGACGGGAGACUUCCACUGGCACGACUUCAACAACAAGGACGGUCUCGGACUGCGCAGUCGUGAGACCAUCCGUCUCGACCUGAGGGGCAUAUUCAACUACUUGGUGCUCCCGCGCCAGAUGCGCAGUGCCACGAAAGCUCUGUUCCGGCCGGAGAAGAAGUGUGACUCGCUGAUAGUCUUUGACCACAUAGACACACAUCGCGUGAUGGAGAAGGACUGGAUCACCGACACACAGUCCUGGGGGUCCAAGGUAGAGUACCUGGACGUCAUCAAGGACAACUUUGGGAUCGACGUGGUGUGGAAGCCGUAUGAAUAUCAAGAAGAGGCGAGAUCGCUUAUCGGCAACCUGGCGAGCACGAUUGGCGCCACGGGCCUCAGCCUGAUCCCAGUGGUCGGCCCACUGGCCUCCGUGGCCUGGGUGGCGUUCAUCGACGCCAUCUACGACCCGGAGGGUUUCAAAUCAAGGAAUGUGCUACAGUUCGACGAGGACCUGCUCGGCUCGAUCCUUGACACGGCCGCCCAAGUCGCUGAGAAUCUCCCCAAAGCUAAGAGCGGCACCACGGCGGUGAAGUUCUCCGGCGCAGCCGCUGCAGCAGUUAAAUAG